GGAGCGUGGGGGUGUUUGACACACCGUCCCUGGGCGGGAGUCGCGGGGUCAGCACUCGUGUCUCAGGGCCGUGUGGGGCCGGGGCUGUUCUGUUCCCCGGGCCGGCCUUUCUGAGCCCCCGGGCGCGCACAGCAAUGAGUGACGAUGAGCAGGACUGGCUGGCUCUGAGGCCCCAGGAACCUUCUCCAUCCCAGUGCUGYGGCAGCGGCUGCAAACCCUGCAUCUACGAUGUGUACGAGAAGGAGCUUGCACAGUGGGAGAGAGCCAAGGCAAUGCGAGACAAAAGCCUUCUCAUGGGAAAGAAGGAGGAGAGCRAUAAUUCAGAGCUGAAUCCAGAUACAUUCACUGCGUUCAGCGUGAGCUCGGUGGAGCAGCUGACAGAGGACACCUACCAGUACAGAUUUGAAUUACCGGGAAAUAGCAGCCUGCGAUUGAGUUUAGGACAACAUAUCGUGUUAAGAGGARUGAUGAAUGGUUUGGAAGUCCAGAGAGCCUACACUCCAAUUAGCCCUAGGAAUGCAGAAGGUUACUUUGAAGUUCUAAUUAAAUGCUAUGAAGCUGGGCUAAUGUCACAAUACAUAAAAACGUGGAAAAGAGGAGACGUGGUCUUUUGGCGUGGGCCGUUUGGAGGAUUCCCAUAUGAACCUAAUAAGCAUGGAGAACUCCUCAUGCUGGCCUCUGGCACCGGCCUUGCACCAAUGAUUCCCAUCCUCCAGUCCAUAACAGAUGAUGAAGAGGAUGAAACCUUUGUAACUCUUGUUGGCUGCUUCCCUACCUUUGACAAAAUUUAUUUGAAGCCUCUUCUGCAGGAUCUGGCUCGGUACUGGAACAUCAGAAUAUUUUAUGUCCUAAGCCAGGAAACUUCGCUGGAAAAGCUUCCUCAGAGCUACCAGGAAAACUCAUACACUGGUCAUCUCGAUGAAGACUUGAUGAAGACAAUAAUAAAUUCCUGUCGAAGAAAGCCAUUUGUAUUGAUCUGUGGCUCUUCUGCAUUCARUGAAGAUAUGAGUAGAUACUUGAAAGCUGCAGGAAUUGAAGGAAAUUCCUGUUUUGUCUUUUAGCAGGAUAUUCCUGACCUGAGGAACCAUAGGCUGAGCCUUGGAUGUCCUUGCUUCUUUGCAGACGUUGCACAAAAUGGGCCUGCUCAGAAGACUGAGCUCCUUGGAGCAACUGUUUGUCUCCAGAAACAGGUGCCAUUCCAGAGCUGCUGUAGCUGGUGUGCCACCCACACCUCAGGGACCAGUGUGGUAAUUYUAAUGGAAGUCUUCAAGUGCAAUUUUAAAGAGACAUCUCCUAAGGGGGUACUAAAAAGCAUCCAUGAACACAGCUCUGCUGUAAUAUGAAGAUUGGUGACUUGCUUUGCAAUCUGUGUUAWUCUGCAAUGAUGUUGUGCCCUGUGAGGUGUCCAGAGGAGAUUUAAUCCUUAGGGAUUCUUGCCAGGUCAAGGGAACAGCAGAGUCUGGAUCAUUGUGGUUCUGGCAUGUGCAGGAUGAUGUCAGGCAAGUCCCUUCAACCUUGCUGUUCCUCAGCUGCCCCAUCAUACACUAACGGAGAGAAGAUGGCACUGAUUUCUAAAAACAGCCUUUCCAACUAUAUAUGGAAAAAUGAUCCAUAAGGAUGGAAUUAUACAUUAUGACCAGUGAGGAUUUGGGCAGGCUGAGCUUCUGCCCUGGCACAGCCUGUKUUACCUACCCUGUGCUUAACCAUUGAAAUGCAACCUGGGAGACAAAAAGCAUGUCCUAAAACUGGGAGAACGUGGCUGGAUUGUGGCUGCUGUUUGUCAGGGAGGGUGGUGAUUUGCUUUCAGUGUCCCCAAAGUGUUGUAUGGCAGCCCUGGCUCAUUAAAUUGAACCUGWUUACAAAUAAUCAGCUGUUUGGUGUUGUCACAGGACUCUCCCAGGUGCCUGAGGAGGUUCUCUAAGCAUCCAGGAACACCACCUGAGGAGGGAAAGCUGCRUGGGAUCUGCUGGGGUGCUUCUCCUGCCUCAGAGAUGGCAGCCUGGUACAGCACCCAGCCUGGGCACCUGGUCCUUCUCUUCUUCAGUCCAAAAUGCUUCUGCUUUUCCUCUGAGGUAUCUGCUGUCCACUCUUUUACCUUCUUAGACCACUCUGUUUACUAUCUACACCUGRAAACUUUUCUGCACACCUUGAGUUUAUCUUUCAUUCCCAGUCCGUGCCAUGUUGGGGUUUUCCAGGCUGUGUCUGAUGAUUGCUGCAGUAUCAUUCAUGCUUCUUUUGUACCUGUUUCUACUACUACACCUUACACAAAGGAGAUGUAAUUUGUUACACAAAAUAUGCAGUGCACUGAAGUGGUGGCUCGAUUCACACAUUUGGGAGGGAGUGUAAGUUCCCUUUGCACUGCUGAGAUUUGUCUCCAGUUACCAAAUGCCUGGAAUUAAUCAAGUGUAGCUGAGGCUUUUAUGUUAACUUCUUUGGAGCAAGGG